GGCAAGCAUCUAAAGAUGAGUCUUUUGUCGACAGAAGAAUCUCAGGAAGAAGAACAUAGCUCUGUAUUUUACAAGCUUCUUCUGGAGAUCCUAAGAUUUUCUGCAUCAACUUUUUCGGCGUUGUUGAAAUUCACUGAUUUUGGUGACAAGGAAUCGAUGGACAUUGUUGAAACCUUCAUUUUAGAAGCAUUAAAUCUAACUAAAGAUUCUAUAUCAGAUGCUAAGAAAAUUCAAUCAUUUGAAUCAGAAACAUUGAAAGUUGCACAUAUGGUCAUUGAUGCUGUCGUAAAACUAUGUAAGGUACGUUCUGAAUUAGUAAACUCGGACCCCCGCGAUGAACAACGGUUGACGCUUGAUAAGCCUAUUAAUGUUGGCCAUGCUAUCAACAUAACAAAAUGUGCAAUAGAAAAGUUGUCUCAGAUUGGUGUCCUUGCUGCAAAUGAUGGUGGCAAUUCAGUCAAUAUUCUUAAUGUCUCCUGGAAAGGUGUUGUCUCUUUACUUCAAAUUGGUGGCGGACAUUUUACAGAAGUGGACAUUGCAAAUAUUGUGGUAACUUUGCUUGCAUUGAUAACUGAGCCUCUGAAAUGUGCUGCUGAGGCUUGGUCUUCGUCACUGAAGGAAUCCAUUUCUGUAACCGAGGCCAAAAGGAUCUUUGUGCCAGUGAAAUUUUACCUGAUCAAUGCAGUUAAAAUAUGCUCACUUUAUCCUCAUCAGGCCUAUACAGUGUACAGGGAGAUUACAUUCUGUGUUCUCACGAUCACUUCUUUUUGGAUUUUUCUAAGUAAUGAAAACCUUCUGAAAUGCGCAUCUGCAGUAAUUACUGAGCUAUUGGAGGAAACAACCUUGGAUCUGGUAUUGUCUUUGCUAAAUUCUGAUAAACUGAAAUCAGAACAGAAGCUUGAAUUACUGGAGUGGUCGUUCAUUAAUGAAGGGGAUUCUCAUUCUGUCAUUGAUGGUCCAAUCUUAGGUGAUUGUAACUUAGAAUGGGUUAAUGAAAUCUUUUGCAACAGUUGUGAAGGUAUGAGCAGAGCAAGAAUACUAAUACUUGGUCGAGUUGUAUUGUUUAUUAACCUCCUCAGGUAUUCUCUCAGGCUCAAUGAAGAUGUGAAAGUAGCGAUAACUCAGAAGCUUCAUUGGUUUUUGGAUAUUUUAGUUGAGGAAGAUGUAUAUUCUCAAAUACUUGUUCUGCAACUUCCUUUAUUGCAUGGUUCUGGAAAAACAGCAGAGCUGGUGUGGCAGCCUAUGUUUACCUCCCUCUUGCUAGCAUUAAAAACCUUCAUGAUUGUCAUCUCUUCAAGUACAGCUUGGGGGGAGUUGGAGUCUUUCUUACUAGAGAAUUUAUUCCAUCCUCACUUUCUUUGCUGGGAAAUUGUGAUGGAAUGCUGGUGCUUUGUUCUGCGACAUGCUGAAACACAAAUGGCAAACAACAUCAUUAGCAAACUAUGUUCAUUACUUAAGCUGCUGGCAUCCCCAGACUCAGUUUCCCUUCCUUAUUCAUCCUUCAGAAAGUUGGCAAGAUCAAUCUGCUUGCUUCUAACCUAUGGUACACAAUCAAUGGUUAACAUGGUGUACAUGUUUCUUGUUGGUGAUGGGAGAUCACAAUUAUCAUUAAUUUUGAGUUUGGCUCUGUUCAUGGAAGGUUUUCCACUUGAUUUACUGACAGAUGAGUUGAGAAACACUUCCAUUCAAAGAAUUAUAUCAGAUUAUUUUGACUUCAUAGACAACUUUGAUGAAGCAUCAGUGGCGGCACGCUCCUCUGGUUUGUUUGGUAUUCCAGUGUUUAUUCUUUCUGCUUCUUUGCAAUUGCUCCAGGUUGGACUCUCUGAUAUUGAUGCAAGGACAUUAAAGUUCUUGGUUUCAAUUACUUCUAACUAUAAAAGUACUGCAGACAAAGUAAUCAAGGACCGUUGUCUUCGACUUUUCAGUGAAAUUCUAGGGAUCAUCUCAUAUUUGAAACAUCUAUACACAUCAAAUGAUAUUGAACAAGCCAUCAUGGAGAUUGAAAGUAUCUUUAUCUCUGAGCCUCCAGACCUUUUGUACCAAUGCAAACCACACUUGGCUCUUUUCCUGGCAGGGCUGAUACACAUGGGAAUUUCAGAAAGUGAUGAUGAUGCAAAGAGCUGUGCUGUGUGGGAAUUAUAUCACUUGCUCUUGAAAGAGCGGCACUGGGCACUCAUCCACUUAGCAAUAACCGCAUUUGGAUAUUUUGCUGCUCGUACUAAGUGCAAUCAGCUAUGGAAAUUUGUUCCACGGGAUGCAGCACUUUCAUAUGAUAUAGUUUCAGGAGUGGAGACAAAUAAGGAUAGAUUUAUGCUUGAGUUUAAAACAUUUCUUAAUAAGGAAAUAGCUCUUCUUUCUGUUGCACCAAGCCCUGAACAGUUUGAGCUGCUAGGGAGAGAAGGUUUUUUGUUGAAACAGAUGGUUCAUAAGAUUUCAGUCAUUGCUGAAGAGAGCGAGGGAUGUGAGAUCAUGGAAGUUGAUGACAAGAACCAAUCAAAUAAAAAAAGGAAACUUCAUGAUGGAAUUAGCAGAGGAGUGGAAUUGCUGAAAAGCGGUUUAAAGAUUAUUGGUGACGGUCUUUCCCAAUGGCAGCUUAAUCAAUUUGAUACCAAUGAGCUGCAUAUCAAGUAUUUGACUCAGUUUUCUCAACUUGAAGACGUAAUUACUCACUUUGAGGAAUUGGCCGGGAACGGUGAGGUAUGUUCAACUUCUGUUCAGAGCAAUUACCGAGGUUGA